ACGACAGUAUCGUAUAGGCGGAAGCCUCUUCUUUCCACGAGCGAGGAUGAAAAGAAGAGACGGAGGAAAAAAAGCUUUUCACACCUACAGAGGAUGGGAUAGCUCCCGCUCCCUUCCUCAACCCCGCCGCCUCCCUCUUUCUCCUCUCCCUUUCGUCUCUCCUAACCCCCGCUUCUCUCAUGAAGAAGCUAAAGAAAAUUCUUGAAAAUCUCCUGAAGCCCUUCACUCGCCGUCAACGUAGAGAAUCGGAUAAAAAGGACCUGGAGGCGAUCGCUGCCAGAGAGCAGAAAUCCUUUCGGUACGAAACCCUAGCUGCCGCAACCCGCAAUUUCAGCCCCAAGCACAAGCUCGGCGAAGGGGGUUUCGGCCCUGUGUACAAGGGGCAACUGGAGGAUGGGCGGCUGGUCGCCGUGAAGAGGCUCGGGCGAGGGUCCCGGCAGGGUGGAAAGGAGUUCACAAACGAGGCGAUGCUGCUCUCUCGGUUGCAGCAUAAGAACGUCGUUAAUCUCUACGGCUACUGCGCCCACGGGGAAGACAAGUUGCUUGUGUACGAGUACGUAGCCAACGAGAGCCUUGACAAGCUCCUCUUCUCCGGGCAAGGUGGGCAGGUGGCGGCGGCGGCGGAGGUUCUCCAUUGGAGGCGGCGGUUCGAGGUGAUCGUAGGGGUAGCCAGAGGUCUUCUGUACCUCCAUGAAGACGCGCACACUCCCAUCAUUCAUAGGGAUAUAAAGGCCAGCAACAUCCUUCUCGACGAGCGUUGGAGCCCAAAAAUCGCAGACUUCGGCAUGGCCCGGCUCUUCCCGGAGGAACUCACCCAUGUCCAAACCCGCAUUGCCGGCACCAAUGGCUACAUGGCGCCGGAGUAUUUCAUGAGUGGCGCUCUAUCGCCAAAAGUCGACGUCUUUAGCUUUGGCGUACUCGUUAUUGAGCUCGUCUCUGGUCAGAAGAACUCUAGGUUUUCUCCGCGCCAUGAUGCUUCUACACUCCUUGAAUGGGCUUGGAUGUUUUAUACCCAAAAAAAUACCAUGGAUAUGCUUGAUCCUGCAUUGAGAUCCACAGCCGAUGCUGAGCAGGUGGCUAUGUGCGUGCAAAUAGGCCUCCUCUGCACCCAGGCUAACCCCAAGUUGAGGCCAGAUAUGCGCCGUGUAGUAGUGGUCCUUUCAAAGAAGCCAGGCCCGCUCGAGGAGCCUAUCAAACCAGGGAUCCCUUAUUCCAAACACAAAAGAAGAUCCCAUGGCCUCGGGCGUUCCAGCUACACAACGGGCGAAUCUUCUGCGAUGAGCUCCGGUGCGUCCUCUUAUGCUACUAAUAGUGCCUUCGCCGCCAAUCCUAACAAUAUGGCAUCUACUUCGUCAUCGUCAUCAGCUACCACCACCACCACCAUUACAACAAUGACCAUUACGCCUACUAAUUCUACGACUUCAAGAAGCUAAAUACUUCAUACUGUUUAGCACUACUGGCUAACUUCAACAUAAAGUGUUAGAUUCUCACCUUAACUUCUCUUUUUCUUCCUGGUUUUUAUUCUUUUGUGUAGCUUUCUUUGGGGGGAAUUGGAGGGAAUGAAGCUUUUUUAUAACUUGCAUUCUUUUGUAUUAUAUCAUUUCCUCUAUUAAAUUUGUUUGGUGUUAUCUUC